GUGUAGAGCUCACUUUUCAACAGUGUCUUAUUCGUCGCUGCACGUUUAAAACUCAUCUUAAGUCGAGCUUACUUUUGCUUCAAUUCAAAAUGCGUCUUGCACUGUCCGUCCUUGCUGCUUUGUUGGCUUAUGUCGCCGCUCAGGAUCAUCAGCAGCCCCAGUACAUUGUCUACCGCAAUCCUUACUACGGAGAUGCCGUAAUCAACCCAGAUGAGCAACGACUUUUCUUGCCGACGACUACCACCACGACGACGUCGACUUCUACCGUGACUUGCACCAAGUCAGCCGCAGCUGCUUGUGGUGGCCGCAGACGUCGCGAACUUUUGUUUGCCGGAGAAGAGGAAGAGCAAUUCCCCAUUGUUCCCACAGCCGUCGAAGGAGUUGAACCCACUCAAUUAUCCAGCCGAGAUGCUCGCGCUGCCGAUCCUCAGCAGGUGUAUGUUGUGCCACCUCAGUUCGCCUACCAGCCCCAGUCUGGAUUCCACAGCGGCUCUUACAACUACCGCCCUGUUGUUGUGCCUUUCUACGGCUCACAGUACCAACCUGCUCAGCGCCUUUUCUUUACUCAGAUUCAAUCCGCUUUGACGGUGACCAAGACGGCAACUGCCUUCGCCAUCUUUACUUCCACCUCGACUCCAGCUUGCUCAGCCGCCGGCACAAUCCCCCAAUGUCCAAAUGCUUAAUUUAUUUUUAAACAUUAUUUAAAUAUGUUUGACGACCAAAGUAAUGCAUCUACGCAGAAACAUGUUACUUGUUUAUUAGUUAAAUAUACACACAUCAUAGAAUAA